UGCUUGUUCAUUCAGAGACGGAAGGGGGUGAAUUGGCCUCUAGAACCCCUGCUCUGGGGGGCAGACCAAACAACUGCAUUGUGAAGUCCACAACCACUGACCACCUUCCAAGCGCCAGGCACCACAGAGACACUAGAAAUCAUGUGAGAAGCGAGAAUUUCUGCGUUCAGGGAGCACCGAGUCUAGUGAAGGACAUAGAUAUCUAAACAGCCUACAGUUUGAUGGGAUAAUUUUUGAAAUCUGUGAUCUCCCAGGCCAAGAAGAACAAACUGAGGACUAUCUCUGAAAGCCAUUGAAUUCCUUAGUUAAAUCCAGAGGGAAAGUCUGAGAUCAAUAUGGCUGUUGUGUCCGUGAUAGUUGAGGAUAAAUUAUUGGAAAGAGACAGGUACUAACUACUUCUUUUGCAUUUGACUCUUGGUCCUUUUUUUGUGAGCUUUUUGUUCCUGCAAAGCUGGCUUGGGUCAACGUAGUAAGUAAAAAAAAAACCCUCAAUGAAAGAAGCUGGGAAUCUCCAAUCUCCAUCCCAAAACAUGUCGCUGAUGACUUGAACAUAUCACCAGAUACUCAAGAUACAGACGGCAGCUUCCACCUAUGGGAGAAUGACCCUCUGAAGAGAAACUUGGAAUCAUCAUCAGAGCCAUUGGAGGGGACAUCUGAGAGUCAUGUGGGUGAAAUUUUACGAGACCCUGUCAUGCCUCCAGUCCAGGGUAGAAAGUUAGAUCCACUUCCAAAAACGCAUAGACGUCUUAAGAAGGCUGUAAGGACAAAGAGAAUGAGGAAGAGCAGGAGGAAGGAGAGGGUGGAGACCCACCAUGCCCCCAUCCUUCCAACACCUUUUGUGCCACCACAAAGUGAAGAAGAUGAGGUGGUAGACACAAAGCCGGCUGUGUUCAGUGCUCCGGAAGAUGAUCCUGACCUUCCCAGUGAGGACAGGUUACAGAGUCAGCGGGAUAAGGGCGCAUGUGCGAUGCAUCAGGAGUGUCAGAUACAGCCCUGUGAGCUCUCAGUGUCCCAGGAGCUGGGGCCGUCUUCUCCGGCAGUGACAUCCUUGGCAUCACCACCACGCUGCUUUGGUCGCUUCCUAAGCUGCGUCUGCCAGACCUUCUCAAGGUCUAGGAAGCAGAAGGCCCCCAGAAGAGAGGACACCAAGCAGGCUGGGGCAGGAGGUGAUGCUAAGGCUCUAAGACCUGCCCUGUUGAGGGAUCUGGGCAGAAACAGAGUGCAACCUCAUGAAAGCCUGUAGCAAGUUGAUGCCGAUAUGGCUUCUCCCUGUGUUUCAUUUUGUAAUUUUCCCCGUGUUGUUGUUCCUGUUGGUCGAUUCUUGUUUAUCAAAGAUAAGCGUUUUUGCUCUGCUUUUUUGGUGAGAUCCUUAAGCCUGAGGAAGUGGUAAAAGCAAAGUAACUUUGAAGAUUUUAACACUUUACCCAGUAGUGGGAUUGCUUCCUACUUCCUCCCGUUAGGCUGAAGUGGAAUUCACUACAGAGCAGCGGUUCCCAAAAUCCGUGUGGGUGUCACUCAUGUCUUCAGUUAGCUUAAUUCUCACUACCUUCUCUGAGGAUGGAAGCCAUUCCAUCUCAUCAUUUUGAGUAAUGUCUCCAGAAAUCAACCACCGAGUGGAGACUCCUCAUGUCCAGCCCCUCUCAUUGUCUUUUACCUUUGGCUAAGAGAUUCAUUUUGCAUUCCUCAUCCUCAGUACUUUGUUGAAAUUCUGACACUCCCUACCUGAUUUAGAAAUGUCUCAGGGAGUGGUCGUUGCUCCUUUGCUCGCAUAAGGUAGCGCUACCAUCUCCUGUAUCUCUCACCGUCCUUUUGUUUUCUUUUUGUCACUUGUUAGUAAGAUACCUGGCCCUUACUUCUCAAGUGUUCUGAGUUAAGAACCUCGUCACAUAAGGUAAUGGGCUCCUUUCCUUGUUAUUCUUUAGCCAGAUUCACAGAAUCCCGAGUUCUGAGAACCCUAAAGAAAAUAAGUACUUAGAAAAAAGUUCAAGAUUAUUUCAUUUCCUGUUGUUGUCCCAGCAUACUAGGUUACUCUUCUUCCCAGGACAUAAACUAAGUUUAAAUUAAUUUUACACCCUCCUUUGAGAGAGUAGCUUUAAGGUGAAUUUGAGAGUUUUCCCGUAGCUUUAAUGACCUGUUGCUAUUUCCUACAUGUCCCGAUUUUUCUGAUUCAUAUAAGAAUAAUCAAUAAAAGUACAAAUAGAAAUAAAUGUGUAAAGUAUCUGCAUUGGAAGGAAAUUGUACAAUUUCUUCCUUCUUUAGGACUGACCCCAAUGGUUACUGCACUAGAAUUGGAGAAGAUAACCAAUGUGUUCGUUUUGUUCUUUCUUGCCUGGAAUCGGGCCUGGUGCUGUUGGGAGAAUGAAGUUGGGAAGGGAAUAGAAUGAGGUGCAGGAGCAGUGGCGAAAGAUCCCAAAGGCUGCCUUGCGAGUAAUUGGUAAAAACCACCCUGGAGGGAGGCUUGUGAUGUGAUGAGGAUCUCAAGUUAGAAUGAGAAAUUUUAUGAAAUGUCAUACUCCGUGUUUGGAGUAAAAUGGGACAGCUUUCUAAAGUCAGUCAUGCUUUGAUACCUUUAGUUGUCUAAAGAGUGGUUGAUUGUUUAGAGAGUAUGGCAUUUUAAUAGAGCUAGUUGAGCAUUAUAAAUGGGCUCAAGCUAUUACAUGAAAUUUCAAAUUAUCCAACUGUAUUUAUGUACAUAUUUUCUCAGUGUUAUAUAAGAAAUGUGUUCCCAGGCAAGGCAUAGUGUACGUAAAGUCCUGAGUCAUGGAGCCUAUUAUUAAAAGCUCAAAAGAAGGUAGAUAUUAGUGUUGUCAUUAAGGCUUUGUUAUUGUUAUUGUUUCUUAUUAUAAGAUAUUUUAGGAUGAGCUGUUCUAUCAUAGAAAAACUAUUAGUUUCAACCUGGUUAGCCAUAUGCCCACUCCCAUUUACAAUGGUGAUUUUCAUACAAAGUUUACCUAUUCCAAAUUUAAGAUACAUAUUACAGAUAAGGGAAGAUCUGUAUAAGCACUUAGUUUGGAAACUCUUUUGCGCAUGUGUCUUGACCGCCCGCUCACAAACAGGGGAAAGGGUGUCCAAUACUCCUCAGCUGCAUUUGUAAAGAAAAAAGGAUAUGUUCUCAGGUUUCAGACUUUGUGUUGCUAUCUUCAGAGUCUGAAUUAUUAAACAUGGUUUCUGUCUUAAUAAAGUUGUUUUUUCAAAAUAUAUUUAGAAAAGUAGUACGGCUGUGUCAAAGUAAAAACAAAUUAAAAAUAAAACCUGCUACUAUUGAUGAGAGAUAAAGCAUGGGUCUCAUUUAAAAAAAGUUGUUCCCCCCCCCCCCCCGCCCCGCCCCGGCAGAUAAACAGAUACUGUAAAUGUGUUGUAAACGGCAGUACUUGACAAGUAUAAGAUGACCACAUUUAAUGUAUUUAGCUCCCUGUCUUUCUCAUGGGAACUCCCAGAACUAGGUAGGUGGCAGGUACCCUCAGUGCUGCAAGUUGAGUAAGCUGAGAUUAGGCAAGCUGAUUAAACUUUUCCAGUGAUUUUUCUAAGAACACUCACUAAAGCUGAUAGGGAAUCAUAAUACAAAUUCUUUAAACAGAUUAUUUAAUCACUCACCUGUGGUUUUAUCUUCUAAAUGUGAUUGUUUUUGCUCUGGUUCUUAUCCCAACAUUCCAUCCUGAAACACUUCUUGCUGACCAUUUUGUUUUUGUCACCUUGUCCUCAUACUACUGUCCAAAUUCCAGCUAAUGUCAUCUUUACUCACCUGGAAAAUGUUAACAUGAAAAAAAAAAUCUGGUUAAUGUAAAAUUACAGAGAACCCUUAGAGAGGGUUUACUUAUUAACUGAGCUUUAACGGAAAACAUUGAAAUUAUCUAGUCCUUAUUAUCAGAGGAACCUGAAACAAAGAAAUUAAGUCGUUCUCUCAAGGUAGCAUAGCUGGUUAGUGGCAAAGCUAAAACAAUAGCUAACAUUAGAUUCAAUAUUGUACAUUGUAUCUAUCUUCUGUGAUCUUCAAGCAGUCUGCAUGGGGUUGAUAUUAAUAUUUUAAUUUUACAAAUUAGACCAUUUGUAAAAUGGUGGCUCUGUUGAGCGUCCAACUCUUGAUUUCAGCUCAGAUCAUGAUCCUAGUGUUGUGAGAUCAAGCCCCUUAUUGGGCUCUGCACAAAGCAUGGAACCUUCUUGGGAUUCUCUCUCUCUCUCUCUCUCUCUCUCUCUCUCUCUGUCUCUCUCCCCCUGCCCCUUUCCCUUAUAUGCUCUCUCUCUCUCAAAAAAACAAAAACAAAAAACAAAACAACAACAAAACAAACAACCCCCCCCC